ACGCAGACAAAUCAUGAUCCAACCCAUUUGCUGCAUCUUGUUACGCUAGUGCCAUCUACCGGCCGCUAAACCAAGAACAAAAAUGACAUGGCUGACUGUGUCGUUAGUGUGUGCUUGGUCGUGCUUGUGUAACUAAACCGCUAUUUUAGACUAAAGAGCAGUAUAAUCGAAUCUACAUCUACCAACAACUCCAAAACCAACAAAACAGCUGCAAAAAUCAAACAAAAUCCCAACAAUAUUGUUUCAUUAAAGACAACAAAAAAAAACUAUCACUGGAAAAAUACUCAACCAUUUUUACCAAAAAAAAGGAAGGGAAAGUAAAAGGAAACCAACUAUUAACGAGAAAAAAUCGAAAAAUCGAUGCUUAGCAAAACCCUUGCAGGAGGCAUUUGCAUCCGCUAAUGCAACCAACGGCAUCGGUGCAUCGAUGAAAAUGAUGCGCGAGUAAUCGCAAGCAAAUGUUUCAAUCCGCAUGGACUGUGCAGGAACGCUAAAAUAAGGGAAGAAAAACAGGGCGUAAGGCACACCAGCGAACCCGAACCGUGCUAAGCGUAACAGACAGAAACGAGCGUAAAAAACACACUAGCAUAAAGCCUUAUGAACCGUAAAAAAUUGUGAUCUCCAGUUUUCAUCUUUUUUUUUUCAAAUUCGUCAAAUCAAGCUACUGGACGGAGCAGAAGAAAAAAAAAAAUCGCACCAGAACUGCUACUCCAAGCAGAAGGACGAAACACUAGGAAACGAAGAAAUAGUAGUUAAUGCUACGGAGCAGCGGUAGAAGUAAGCAGUAAAACGGUCAGCAAUUUAUGCCUAACAUCCCGGAGGAUCAGGAAGGAUCUGCAGCAAGAGUGAGCGUUGCGAAAAGUUUUGCACACGCGUUCGUUUGAGGUAAAUGUGAGUGAAUAAUAACAGCAGCAUUCAUCAGCAAUAGUCGGCCACAAAAUUCCGUACAGAUUCAAACACACAAAGGACAACUUAGCACGCAUUUACGACAUUUACGGUUCCGCACGCAAGCAAGCGAAGCAGGCGCACGGGGUAACGAAAACAGUUAAGAAAGAGAGAGAAAGAGAGGACAAAACAACAAACUGUAUAAUUUGCCAUCAUUUUCUCUCGAGUACCGGAACCACUCCCCCGUGUCCCGUAUAAAGAACGCACAGUUUGUUUGCGCGACGCCGCUCAAGAUCAAGGAAGGGUGGAACAAAAGAUCAGCAGCAGUCAUAUAACAAUAAGAUCAAUAUACUGAAACAGAAACGAGGAACAAACGACAUCAGCUCAGCCAUAGCAGUCAGAUAUAAAAUACAUUAAUAUUCAUCAUCAUCGUAGCCAGCAGCAGCAGCAGCAGCGGACAUUUGCCUGACGACCAAAACACACAGUACGUACGUCUGGAAGUGUAUGGGAGUAAUCCGACACUAGUAGUAACACCAAAAAUCAAUUCGCAAUUACGUUUUAAGCGAUUUUGUACCACGCAACACAAGGACCGCCGAAAGAAGAGCAAAAAGGUGGAAAAAGUCAACAGUAACAGUAACAGCAGCAGCAGCAGCAACAAUAACAUAAUAGGAAGUGAAACCCAUCGUGCAUGGUGUGUGGUGUAGUGUUUAUACGAAACUAGUUGGUUCACUGAUUAAACUAUAGAACGAUAGAACUUUUGUGACUAAACACCGAGAAGUGAUUAGUGUUUCAGUUCAGUUUUGAUUCCCCUUUUUUCGUUUCGAUUUUUAUGUGCAAAGUGAGUAGCCAAGUCAAGAUCGCGACCGUUUUGCAUUCGCAACAUCCUUUUAGCUGGUUCCCGUUUUGAUCGUAAGCAAACAGCACCGAUUCUGCAUCGUGUGUACAGCGCUUAUCGCUCACGUGUUAGUGGUGCUCCCAAUAGAAAUAGCAAAACAUUCAUGAAGAUUUGUCCAGAAAGAGUAUCUGUGCUGCCGAUCGGAAACUGCGAACUACUAAAACCAAAUCGUCAAAAAUAGAAGUACAAACUAUCACCACAAUACAGUCAUAUUGCUGGCACACUUCAUCGAAUCACACGCAUAAUAGUGUGGGAUAAAAUAGGAAGCCACAAGUUCUACCCGGUAACGAUAAUCGACUCCACUGACACUGGUCUGGCCAUCGCAAAAUAAAUGGUGGAGUAACGAAAGCAACCAACAACAAGCGUAAACCCCGUUUGGUCGAGAGUACACCGUGCCGAGGAUUCCAAAGUGCAUCGAUAGACGAUUGGGAAACCCUUAACAAACAACAACAUACAGCAAUAUUUUUCGCUUUGCCUACAUACGUUUACACAAGAGCUGGACAGGACAACCGUUUUAUUACUCUAUCCCAGUGUCUAGUGAGAAACAGCAAACACGCACAUAAAGUAUACUUCCUCAUCUUUGGGCACCCUAAUAUCGCCCCAGAGCUGUUGUUAAGCUGGAAUAUCGUGUACCGCUUCCGUUGAUCUGACGGCGCUUUGAAAAGCAACCCGGUAAACGGCUUUCCGUCUCCGCAACAACGGAUGGUUAUGUGUUGGUAGUGUGUUUUUGUGUGUGUGAGGUGAAACACUAUAGUGCGCACAGUGGUGUGUUGUACUGUGGACGUAAAAUAACACCGGACUGAUAAGGUGCGAUUCGUGUAUAGUUUGCGUGUAUGCGUGUGUGUUUGGAGUGUAAAUUCGCUGAUAGUAAAAGUGAUUAGUGUACGCAAACCAUGAACACUGGCCAUUCGUCGGAAAUGGUAGCUUGAAUAAUUAAAAAAAAAAAAACAAGACUGUCGUAAAACAAGUUGCAGCGAAGCGAAGAGAAAACACGGUGAGAAACACAAAAAAUAAGUCAAGCGAGGGAGUGAUAGAGAAAAACAUACAAAUAAAACCAUUCUGUGAUAAAAUUUAAAAAAUAUAACAAAAUAAGCAUAUGUUUAUUAAAGUGAAACUAAGUUAGGCUUACCGUAACCAAAACACAAGACAAACGAGAACGUAAAGCAAAACAAAAAAAAAAAACAAUACAAGAAAACAAACACACACUUUUGUGGCGUAAUGCUACGGUGCUGCGUUAUAGCGAGACAUUGAAACAAAGAAUACGCCUGCAAAUUCGUUCCUGAGCGAGUUCGUCUAAAGUAGUUAAUAAAAACUCAACGCAUUUGGAUGAAAAUCAUCGCCAGCAGCUACGGCACAAGUGUGUUCUAUUCAUACGUACACACGUGCAGGUGUGGGCAGCAUUAUCCGCGGUUCUGCUGUAUGCAUUUGAGAAGCCACAUAGGACAAAAGUAAGCGAAACAUUCAGCAACUUCGUAUGAUAAACCGUUUCCCCGUUCAUCCGUCGCGGUAUUUCGUUCGUGCGUUCCCGUAUUGCGGCAACGAACAUUAUUUCAAUCUAUCCAGUCCGGUUGUAUGCUGAAUCUCCGAUAUAUCAUGUACAUUCGCUGAAUUGCUCCAAAAGCGUAAAGUGUUUGUGUUAUAGCAGUUCAAAAAAUCCGCCGAACAAAAUAGUGAAUAAAGCUCCGUAAAACAAACGGUCGUCGUAAUUGAAGUGUGAUUUGGCUCUGUGAAAUUUGCAAAAGAAUAAAAACUGUUUCAAAUUCCGAGGAACAGAUUCCGUUUGUUGCAAAGCGCUCAAAUGCUCGCGUAAGAACUUGAACCCAUUGCGGAGAUUACACAAUUUUACGCUUCACAAAAUUGUUUCAUCAAACACGACGGAUUGACGGAGAGCUGGUAUCUUCCAGUCCCGAAAUAGUGAUUGUUCUAGCUUCUCAUAUUGAAGAACACUUCAAUUUUUCCUAAUACUGUGACACUUGUUUUUUAAACCCCAUCCCGUGGUGAUACAAUCGCAUUUGCUAAAAACAAAAAGUAAUAAAUACCACAGCAAAACAAAUUUGUAAAGUGUUCGGAAACGUAAAACACACAACAAUCGGGGUAGUAGAAAUCAACUACAGCGCUUGUCGUUGCAGCAUAAACAUAGUGCGCCACAUACAAAAAAAAACACACACACACAUACAUACACGAAUAUCUGAUAAGGCUGAUUUGUGAAUAUAACGGAAACCAAACUAAGCGAUAAACAAGCGAAACAAUUGCAUACUACUAAAAAUAAAAGUAAUAAAAAAAAACAACAACACAACAAAGCGCUAGCGUGUAAGAUAGUAGCGGAGUGUUAGAAACAGUAGAACACUCUUGAAACAAGUAAAAGUGACGAUAUACAAACAUUAGUAACAAAUUCUGGACGAAAAGAGCUGCAUGCAAACUUCCCAAACACGCACGAUAAAAACGGAUCGUGAGAAAAAUCGCUUGUGGGAUUAGUGAAGUGUGAGCGGUGCGUGCGUGUGCGUGAGAUAGAAAGAGAUUAACCAGCAGUCGGAAAAUUGUAUCAACGGAAUCGAACCAAAGGCGAGAACGGUGAAAUUAAUAGACCUUUUUCGGGUGAGGCGUAGAAAACAAUACAGGCAAGAUUUGGGUUAAACCAAUAUACUAAAACGCAUUACAAUUAGUCCACCAUUGCAACCCGGUUCGUGAACGGUGAAGUGGAAGAAGAGUCGAUCCUCCGGACACCAACGCAGUCCGUAGCGACGGCGAAGUGUGUGUGGUUCUUUUAAGUUUUCCAUCCUGAAGAAAGUGUCAAAUUUGCAAUCUGUGAGGCUACUAAACCCGUAACGUGAUCACAUUUGCUGUUUAUCGGAAGGAACGGAACGCAUUACUACUCAUUGAACGUGUCACUUUGACGGCGAGUCUAUCGUUUUUUUUUGUCUGAUUGGUUGAUUUGUCUCAACAAACAAAACAAGCAAACAAAAGCCAAGAACCUUCUUUUCGUGUGUCAACGAUCAUCAUCACCAUGGGAAGCCAAACGAAACCUUUCCGUUCUGCUGAUGCUUCAUUUAUGGAUUAUGUUGCGUACGGCCAGCGCAGCGAUGUGUUCUACAGCGGCCAAACGAACCAACCGUCUGCUCCCCGGCAAUCUAUAAACCCAUCGAAUGUUUUCCCACCGAUCGGUACGUUUAGCAUCGAAGCGACUACGAUGGCAGCUCCGAAUCAAGGUGUUUUCGGUGGUGGCGAUGCCAUGAGCGUGAUGGGCAAUACCGGCACGACGGGCACUAUCGGAGUGUUCAAUGCUAACGCCAUGAUGAGCGUUCCGAACAACAUGAACAGUGCGAACAAUUCGUACUCUUCCGGCCAGAACACGAAUGGUGUCGACGCUAGCCAGGGAACGCGCGAGACUGGCAUCAUUGAAAAAUUGCUGCAUUCGUACGGGUUUAUCCAGUGCUGUGAGCGACAGGCUCGACUCUUCUUCCACUUCUCGCAGUUCGGUGGCAAUAUCGAGCAUCUGAAGAUUGGCGAUCCAGUGGAGUUUGAAAUGACGUACGACAGACGUACCGGGAAACCGAUCGCUAGCCAGGUGACGAAGAUCGCCCCGGAGGUAGUACUGUCCGAGGAGCGCGUUACCGGCACCGUUACAACCGAGCUGAAGUGCGACUCCGCCCCUUCGGGAGGCAAUACGAGCUCUUCCACCUCGAGCGACACUACGACCGGGCGCAUUAGCUAUGAGAACCGGGGCGAAUGCUUCUUCCUACCGUAUACCAAAGAUGAUGUCGAAGGAAACGUUUCGCUACGUUCGGGUGACAAGGUUAGCUUUCAAAUAGCUACAAAUCAAAGAGGUAACCUCGGUGCUUGUCACAUCCGGCUGGAAAACCCGGCACAUCCGGUAAAGUAUCGCGGUGUCGUCUGCUCUAUGAAAGACACAUUCGGCUUUAUCGAGCGGGCCGAUGUGGUGAAAGAGAUCUUUUUCCAUUUCUCGGAAGCGGAUAACACUAUCGAACUUCGUCCUGGCGACGAUGUUGAAUUUAUUAUCCAAACCAGAAAUGGAAAAGAAGUGGCAUGCAAUAUUGCUCGUUUGCCACCGGGAUCGGUAAUCUUCGAGGAUGUCGAUACGACCAUCUACAAGGGACAGGUGCUGAAGCCACUUGAUCGCAAUAAUCCGGCACGUCAGCAGACAAACGAUCCGCUGCCGGGGCGCAUUCGCUACCGUGCGGCCGACCACUCGGAGGUAGAAGUGCCAUUCGGAGACAAGGACCAGAAAGGAGACUACACGCUGCGUCACGGAGACUGGGUACAGUUUUUGCUGGCGACCGAUCGCCGCGAUCAGUUGCAACGGGCCACAUCCAUUUCCCUGCUCGACGAAACAUUCCAAGUGAGCGGUGAAAAGCGUGAGCAAGGCGUUGUCGCAUCGUUAAAGGAAGGCUUUGGCUUUCUGCGCUGCGUCGAGCGAAGCGUUCGUCUAUUUUUCCAUUUUACUGAAGUGCUAGAUACGAGCCGUGAAAUUUGCGUCGAUGACGAGGUUGAAUUUACCGUCAUUCAAGAUCCUGGAUCGAGCUUUGCUAACAACCGCCAAAGCGCUAUCCGUAUCAAACAUUUGCCCAUUGGUACGGUUAAGUUUGAAACUCUGAUCGAGAGCAACGUUGAAGGCGUCGUAUCCCGCGAGGCGCCUAAAAGUCCUAUCAAAUCACAGGAACGCACCGAGGGUGGCGUCAUAACAUACGGCCAAGGUCCAAACAAAAAGACUAUAAUGUAUUUCUUGAAAGAUUGUGAUAAGCCACCACGUGUGGGUGAUAAAGUCAGAUUCAAUAUUUGUCAGGUAAAACGUAACAAAGAAUUGAUCGCAACGAACAUUGUGGAGAUCACUUCUAACACGCAUCAAGCUCUGCAACAGCCGCAACUAUUGCAUCAACAACCCAUGCAGCAGCAAUUGCAGCAAUCUCCCAUUGCUGUCGAUACGCAGCUAACGGUUGGAACGGUUCAAUCGUCACAAUCGCCUACGUCUGGCCUUAGCAAUGGGUCUAGAGCGAAUGGUAAUUCGGUAUUGAAGUCUAACUAUACCAAUGGCAAUAUUAAGCCAGGAAAAAUUCACCAUGGAUUCAUUGCGGUCUUGAAGGAAAAUUUCGGUUUCAUUGAAACGGUCGAGCACGACCAGGAAGUAUUUUUCCACUUCAGCAACUUUGUCGGCAAUAGCAAUACAUUGGAGUUGGGACAUGAAGUAGAAUAUACGCUCUCUACCCGUAAUGCCAUCAAUGCGGGCAACUGCAUUCCGGCAGAGAACGUUAAAGUACUACCGAAAGGAACGAUUCAGCAACCGAAAGUUUUACCCUCUAGCUUCAAUGGAUCCGUCCUGCGUCCGUUGCGCUGCAUCAAUCCGGAACAGGUCGAAUACAGUGGUUUGGUGCAGGUGAAGAACGAGCACGGCGAUACAUUGUCGACCCACGAGUUUGGUAUUACCAGUCUAAAGAAUCAUCGCGAUCUGCUGCAGAAGGAUGAUGUAGUAACAUUCAAGAUCGACGAGCUAAAUCGUGCAAUGGAGAUUGCUCCCGUUCGUACCAAAAAGCAAGCCAAGGUAGAUUCAAUUAAGGGACAGUUCGGAUUUUUGGAUUUCGAAGUGGACGAAGGGAAAAAGUUGUUUUUCCACAUGUCCGAUGUUCAAGGCAACGUAAAUCUCUAUCUCGGAGAUACGGUGGAGUUUUCCAUCGUUACUAAUCAGCGGAAUGGUAAAACCUCUGCAUGCAACGUUGUUAAAAUAAACGAUGCGAAUGGACCGCGGCCCGAACGACUGAUUUCCCGCAUCAAGCUAAACUCCGUAGACGAUAGUGGACCACGUCUAACUGUCAUUCGUGCACCGAAAGGGCCGGACGGUACGAAAGGCUUCCAUGCAUCUGCCAGAACUCCUCGUUUAGUUGGUAUAUAUCCAGCGAAUGAAUAAUAAGUAACGAAAACGAAAUUAGCAGAUUGUAAUAAAAUUAUACCAAUUACUCUUCAUUUUUACUCAGUUUCAUGUUUGUAUUUCGGUUUCUAUGAAAAACAAAAAAAAACAAAAAAGUUGUGUAUGCCUAUCUAUUUUAGUUAAUCAAUUGAACGUUUAAAAUAAUUUGCUGUAAAAAGUAACGCGUUGCAGGAGGCAUACGAAACAACAAUAAAUACAAUGCAAAAAGUAUCAUCAAUGGAACAUAAACAACACAUGUGAUGAAACCAAAACUUUGUUUUGUGGUUACUGCUUGCGAAACGAAGCAAAAUACUACGCUUAUUGUUGCGUUGAUCAUUUCGCACUGCCAAACAGGAUGUGUGAAUUAAAAAAAACUAUCUUCAUUUAAAAAAAAGAAACACGAAAAGUGUUUGAAACCUUAGUUUACAGCCUAAUUUACAUCGAAGACUAAUUUUAACAUUCAUAAACAAACAACAGGAUACCUUAUCUGGAAACAAAUGUGCCCGAAGAUUUAACGUAUAUUUACAUUAUCCUUAUUGUCGGUAGACAAUUGAUUAGCUAUUAUUUAGAAUUAUGGUAAAAGUACCGAUUCUUCAUUUCUGAUGUGAUGAUUUCGUCAGAAUAUUCGCAAUCGAUGUUCGCAAUUCUUGCGCUAGUCGAAACAUUUCAUUAUAUUGAAUGCAUACCGAGGUGUAAAAUUGUGUGGACGUUGCGUAAAUCGAAUAGUUUUGUUUUAUUUUCAAACGAUACAAUUAACUAAUUCAAACUAAAGAAUUCUAGUGUCAUGUUUUUUUUAUUUGGGCCUUGAAUAGUUUUUUUUUUUUUGUUUUUUUUUUUUUUGUUGGGAUUGUAUACAAAAUUAUUAAAAAGUAAAUAUAAUUCUAACCGAUCACAAACGGUGUGGUGCACAAUUAUGAAAACUUCUUUUUUGUUUUGAUUUCAUGCUAAACGAAUAGUAUCGCUACGGUUUAUAAAAUGUGCUUUAAGUUAACUGAACUAAAAUCGAAGAAAAAUAUGUUUUAUCUUUUUAUUGCAACGUCAACAUUUGAAAAAUGACUCUCGGAAAAACGGCAUGAAAUAUGUAAUGCUUUGACUUUCAGCUAUAGAAUACAUCACGAACGAAAAGAACACAUUAAGCUAAAAGAUGUGGUUUUGCAACGAAACAAAACCAGUAUGAAUCAGUUCGAUCCUACAAUACUACAAACACAUUACAUUUAGAAUCUGUAAGAUGCGUAGGAACUAAGUAUGAAUCUAAUUCAUCACUUUCUAACUGUAUUCAUUCGUUUCCUCCCUGUUACUCUUUGUACCACACCAAACCAAAUGUUCCCUUUAUCUUCCAUCAUACGACAUGCUCUUUGGCAUAAGAGGUAAACUUGUCUCAAAAACGGUACAAUUUACAUGGGAAUCAUCUCUUUCUUCUUUCUUAUCGAAGAAUAUAUUGUAAGUCGAUGGAAAUAUAUGCAACAGCGAUAAGAUCGGAGAACGACAAACAUCUGCUUUUCAAUUUGAGCACCGAUGUUUGUGUUUUCCUGCAAAACCUCGCUGUAGAUUGACUAUUUUCCAUUCAUUGCCAAUAUGUUGGGUGUAGAAAAGCGGAAAUGCAUAACUCAACAAGAAGACGAUGUUUGUAUGAUGCAACUUCCUGAGAAGCUGGUAAAAGAAAGAGAACAUCAAUGAAAAUGAAACGAAUCGUACUAUUUUAUACUUGAUUAUGAUUAUUUUGAAAUCGGCUUUUAUGAACUCUGUAUCUAUACGUUAAGUCAGGUUAUGUUUUCAAUAUAAGAGCUACGUAACGAAAAAAAACAACUAUGUGUAACUGAGCAAAAACAAAAAAAAAAGUAUGAAAAGCGAAACCAUUUGUGAAGUUAAGAAGAACAUAAAGAAUGGAAAGGCUAUUGAAAGAAACACGUAUCCCAACGCAUAUUUCCUCUUAUAAAACAUGAUCUAGUCUGUGCAACAAAUUGAUACUAAAACAAUGCAAAAGCAAGACAUACGAAUGAUGGCAUAGGUAGAAUUCGUUAGCAAUUAGUGGACGGCAAAUGAGAGAACACACAUAAACACAAAAUCACGAAGCGAAGGAAAGGAUGUAACGAUGGAACAUGUAUAGUGAUAUUAGUGUCACUUGAUGACGAACGCUUCUACUGCUCAGCAAUACAAAUAAUGCAACUGUAAUGAAUGGUUUGAGAUAACAAACACAAAAAACUGUGUGAAACAAUUGUCUUAUGUUUUUAAAUUCGACCACUGCUACCAAUUCUAUUCCCUAUACGAGAAUGCAGGAACUGCUAACGAGUAAAAUCUGUAAUGCUAACAAAAUAACAAUAUGUAAACAAAACAAACAUACUCACGUAUACACAUACAGCCACAUACACGUACACACAACAGGAAUCUGUUGGCUUGGAAGAACUCUCGUAUAGGAUUUUAGUUACUUUUAUAGAACAAUAAUUGAUGGACGAAUACGCAGCAGCAGCAUGGAAAAAUAUACAAUCUCCAUCAGCAAAGCAAAGCAAAUAUACAUCAACACGUUAAUAAAGGUUAUUCGGAAUAGAGAAGCCAUCUUGUCUAGUAACAUGGAUGGCAGUGCGAGAAGCAAUUGACAACCGGUGCCAGCAACAACGAUACAUUACAGGCAUAGAAAGGAACAUGCGGUAGUGAACAUAAUAACGCUUGUAAUGUAGAUGAGAACAGAAACAAAAGUAAGAAACAAACAAAUAUGAAUGAAUAAUUAAAAGCAAAACUACUAUCAUACAAUAACUGCAGGCAAGAGGGAAAAAAAGAAGGUUGGCUUUAAAGUAAAACUUUAAGCUAAAAAAAAGAACAGAUAACACAACAGACACAUUCACACACAUAGAACACAUAGAACGAAAAAGAGAUAAAUAAUACAACAAUUAUUAACAUUUCGGGAUCAAAUGAAGGAACGUUUACAGGAGUGAACGUAAACGUGUAACACACAAUGCUUAGUAAACGCAAUCAUUGCAACCGCCGCCAGCAUAAUAAUAGGGCAACAAUGGCCUGAUAUUUAUAUUCGGUUGGUUUUUACGGUUUUCUUUCCCUUUUUGAUUGUCGCGCAAGCAAUCAUGCUACAAAAGAAAAAAGAAACUGCAAACAAACAUAUGCAAAAACAUUUGCGAAAACUGUGUCUGUGCCCGUGUAUUGCAAUGGCGCAAACAGGCGCGCGCGUAACGUGUUUUAGUGCGUAAGUUGCUUUAGCUCAGGAUGGCCCGAUUUAAAACUAUUGUUGAAUAGUUGAUGUGCAAAGCGAUAAAAAACGGAAACACAAAUUGUCAGACACAGCGGACGAAUGACGGCAGCACAUAAACGACGACGGCGUCCUGGAGUAGCAUACGUGAACCCUGCAUGUGGAGGUGGAAAAAUUUAUUCUUAUCAAGCUAUGCUACCCUCUUGUUUAGAUGAACUAAUGAACCUGGAACGUUGUAAACGAGCUAGUUUCAUCUGGUUCUUUGUUUCAAGUGAAAUUGCUUGCAAAGGAUGACAUUUUUGUUCUGGGUCGAGUUGAAGUUGAAAAAGAAAAAUGCAAAAUACACAACACACACACAAGUAAACUUUCCGAGCGCUUUUCUGAAGACAGCGAGAGGGGGAAGACCGAUCCCGAUAAAAGGAAGGAAUAAAGCGAAAGAGGGGUAAAGAAAGGACAGUUCAGAACCAGUAUCUAUGAGCAUGAUUAUAAUUCUACAGGUGAACAAAAUAAAAAAAAUGAAACAUAACAGAAAAAAAACAAAACAAAACAAAAAAAA